AGACACGUCGCGGCGUUCUGAGUCGCUGCUAUACACGUUCAUCUACUAUUCCAGGGCGUCGUUUGCGUUCUUUCAAGACAAUGGUCGCUCCUUCCGUGUCAGUACACUCGACGCUGGCGGAUAUCUUCCUUAGCAGAAUUUCGGAAAGCGAGCGCUUCACUGCCGUCCGCGACCUUGCCUCCAACAUUGACAGCAACACACUGGGCCUCGUCGCUGCUCUUGCUGAUAGUUGUCCGGAUGAAGAAGCAAAUGUAUAUCUGAAUCAAUACUUGAUCAGAUCGAUUGAACAGGAUGAUGCUGCUUCAGCUGCAGCUCUCUGCGUUCAAUAUCCUCGCAUCCGAAAUGCUUUACUGCACUGGACUGAUCGCGAGCUUCACAUCUGUUUCUCACAACUACUUAGACAACCAGAAAACUCUGAGUUUGUCGUUCCUGUUGAGAAGGUCCUGAUUGUUGAUCCAUUCGUUUCACACUAUGAUCCCGAGCUUGGUGUUGAUCGCCAGCUGGAUGAACUUGUCAAUACGACUAUUCUAUACUUGAGCUUCGCCAAACAGCUUUUCAGAAGUCCAAUCCUUGACAAAUCAUUCGUUGUCUCAAGCCCGAUCGUGUGUGCCAUCUUCGGCUUCCUCGCUUCAUCGAACGCAGGCAUUGCAGCAGCCGCCAAAGACACCUUACUCGCUUUCUUGGCAUCAUUCAAAGCAGGCACAUUCACCUUCUCGCACUACAAGACCGAUCCAGACGAGCUAGAUAGACAUCUCUGGCAAUGCAUUCGCAACCUCAUCGAUUACAGUGGGAAAAGCUCGUACAAGACGACUGCAUACACGAUCUGGCUACGAUGGCUCGAUCUGGACAGUCAUGGCUACUCACGUCAAGUGGCUCUGCAGAAAGACCCGUACUGGAAGUAUAUGUUAGCAACACUCGGCCAGUCAUCCCAAGGUGAUACCGAGCAAAGAAAGAUCUGCCUCCAUGUUUUGAAGAAGUCGAUCUCUAUCUCUCGCAACAACAUUCGCGCCAAUGACAUGGAGUUGACUUUGGAUCAAGAAGACAAGCCAGGAUCUGUUAUCACCGAAUCUCAGUAUGCCAGAUUCUGCACUGUGUACGAAACAAUCGUCAUUGGCAGAUACCUCAACCAAGCCUUAGAAUGUGUACAAGAUCUGGACCAUCUAGCUUCUGCAGAGACCAUGGUUCAGAAAUCGUGGUUAUUCGCACUUCUCGAGUCGUCCCUAUCUCCAGUCACACAAGACAGCAUGCGCAAAAUGCUGGGAAACUGGCUCAUGAGCACCGAUAUCAGGCUGUUCAGCCAUGCUGAAGAGUUUGCGACACUGUUGCAGAAGUCGUUCUUGCCUUGGGCAACUCAAGGUACCCUCUUCACCGGCAGUGUGCAAGGAAAGACCAGAGAUAUGAGAUGUGCUCAUGGUACGAGAUUAUCGAACUUCCUCGAAAGACUGCUACAGGCCCAUCUUGGCAGAGACGACAUCUACUCUAGAAAAUGCAUCGUCAAUGCCGUCCUCACAUAUCUGGAUGCCAACAAAAACAGGAUCGUCCCGAUCGCUGUCAUCUAUCUCCUCCAGGGUCUGGCGAAGGGCUUACAGGCAGAAUCUACAGCUUGCAUGGAAGGCGAUUCAUUGGAGUUGAUCCUCAAUCUAUCAAGAACGACUGGCUAUCCCGAGGUUGCUCGCGAUGCCAUGCUGGUACAGUGCUACAGACUUUCGCAACAAGUCAGCCAGGAUGCAGAGACCUACGGUGAACAUGGCACAGAAAAACUGACCGCAUCUGAUGCCAAGCUCGAGGUUCUCUCCAAGCAGAUCGAAGCGUUCAAGAUUAGCGCAGCCUCGCGAUUUGAAUCUGACGCCAGCCGCUCGUCCAGAUGGCAAUCACUUGAUCAGUUCUUGACCGAGCUAGACACCUCGCGUCAUACUAGCAUCCAGGGCGAUGGGUUGCUGAUGGCCAUUGAGUCGUUGACAUCCAUUCUGGAUAAAGCCGGCGUCCAGAGUGUAGAUGCUCAAAAGUUGGACCGCGCAUUUGACGGCGUCUGGAAUGAGGUCGAGAGACAAGAUUAUCCCAGAGAUGUUCUCAUAUUCUUGCCACGCAUGGCACUACACCCUACUUGCGUCAGCCUAUGCUUCGAGGACGAUACUUUGUCUGCCACGGUCCUAGAAAUCUUCACCCAGCUUCAGCGAUUACAGAAAGGCAGAAUCUACCUCUGGACACCAAUCAUGAAAGCGUACAGGACAGCCAUGGUCAGCUGCCCCGCCGCAGCGGAGAAAUUCGGCUUGGACGAAUUCAUCAUUCAGACCGCGAAUAACCUACCAGCUGCAAGACUCGAAUUUAAGUUGGAAGCUGCAGCCAUUCAACUGCUGUCUGAGAGCGAAGAGAUUCAUCGCAGCUACAGCGACUAUUACGGCGAAUACGAGGAGGUUGGACAUGCCGCCUUCUUUGAUCUCGUCAAUCGUCUCAGCGAGAUCAAUCAUGAGAUGGUCAGUGAAAUCUACGACCGUCUUCUCAAGCCAUGGACCAAGCAGAGAGCUCCCAUCCCAAUCAUUAGCCGAUGGAAGGCCACUACACAGCUUCAGGUCCUGCUCAUACUUUCUGAACAGCGUCUUAGAGUGAUCUCAACCGAGGAAGCGCAAGAGCAGCUUCGUGUAUUGCUGAAAGUUGUCGCCAUCGAACCGCUCCCUAGAUAUCGUUUCCUGCAGGAGUGGAUCAUUGCUCGAAUUGUAUUGAACCAUCCUUCUACUGGCGACGUCGUACUUGAUACGCUCUCAUCUAAGGAUCACCACUCGAACCCAAAAUAUCUUGGUACUCUCGUCAAGAUUGCUCUGAUGAUUGCUUGUCAAGACACCUGCUCUCGCGAUUUUGCAGCAAGAACAGCAUACCGUCUGGUGGCUCUCGCAUCCAGUGCCAAGAUCAUCAUUCGUCAUGAAGCACAAUGGUCCUUCCCCAUCUUGUGGGAUUAUGCCGAAAGCAGAGGCUGGACCGAGAUCAAGUCGAACCCCGCCUGCGCUGCUUUGAAUGAGUACAUCCGCAGUCUCGAGCGAUUCGCAGAACCGCCAGCAGCAAGAGAGCUGGAACGCCUCGACCCUGCUGCUGACAACACACUCACAAACUUGCUCCAAGGCAGAUACCUACGUGUAGAGCCACCUGGCGAAGAGUCUAUCGUAUCUGGCGACUUCCAACGCUUGUGGGAACAAGACACAGUUAAACGCUCAACAACAGAAGCUCUCCCUCUCGGCCAAUCUGAAGAGCCUGCUAAAAACACUGCCCUCCCCGCCCAACCAACUCAACAACAAUCGAAAGAAUCCGCCCGCACAGAAGCCUUCGCCGCCCUCCAAACAAAGGGCACAGCAUACCUUUCCGCCUCCGAUGCCUCUGACUCCACCUCAGACAUCACGGCCACCCGUCCAACCCCUCUCCUUGUCGUCGGCUCCCUGGUCGACAAUGCAUACAACCUCGGCGGUCUCUCUCGCAUCUCCGAGAUUUUCGGCGCCCAAGCCCUCUAUAUCCAGUCCCCACACUCCGCCCUCGCGAAUAGAGAUUUCAUCUCCGUGGCCGUGGCAUCACAGAAUCAUCUCCCCAUCAUCGACCUCCACAGCGACAAUCUCUCUGCUUUCCUCACAGAGAAGAAAAUGGAGGGUUAUACUGUAGUUGGCGUUGAACAAACUGACCGCAGCGUCCUGCUUGGCUCUGAAGCAUGUAAACUGCCGGAAAAGACAUUGCUUGUUAUGGGAAGGGAGAAAGAAGGUGUCCCUGCUAAUGUGCUCGGGGAGUGUGAUCUUUUAGUCGAGAUCCCGCAAAGAGGUGUCACUAGGAGUAUGAAUGUGCAGACUGCGGCUGGUGUGGUGUUGUUUGAAUACGCCAGACAGCAUCAAGGUUAGGACGAGUAUAUAGACGAGUGUUCAAUGAAAUACGUGCAUGUUCCACGGUAGCAG